UAGAAGUAGUCUCUUUUCUCGGUGUAACUUGUUCGUGCCAUUGUCAUACACCUACCCACAAGAAAGUUACAUUGAACUACUGCGAAUAAAAAAUUUGGCCAUCUGCCUAUAAAAUCUCAUCAAUCCUCAACUUCAUCAGGAGGCCAUUGCAACAUAGAUUUGCUGCAUUCUGCCUCCUGUUGAAAUAUAAUUAGUCUGUUUCCCCCUGCAAGCUCAAGCUCAACAACAAUGGAGGCACUUACUGGCUCGACAAUGGUGCCACAUAGUGGUCUUCACCAUACUCCUAAGCAGCCCAUAUCCUCUUCAAUGAAACUGGCAGGAGCAUUGCCUGUACAGACUCAGAAAAGAAGGGUGGUGGUUAGAGCUGUGCAUGCAGCUGAGCCAGUCAAGAUGACUGAAUCAGCUAGCAAAACAGGGUGGAGUGUAGAUAGCUGGAAGUCAAAGAAGGCUCUGCAGCUGCCUGAUUAUCCCAACAAGGAAGACCUUGAGUCAGUGAUUAAGACCUUGGAGACAUUCCCCCCAAUUGUGUUUGCAGGGGAGGCAAGGCACUUGCAGGAUAGGCUGGCUGAUGCUGCCCAUGGAAAGGCCUUUCUCCUUCAAGGUGGGGACUGUGCAGAGAGCUUUAAGGAGUUCAAUGCAAAUAACAUAAGGGAUACGUUCAGAAUUCUGCUGCAGAUGGGUGCUGUCCUUAUGUUUGGAGGUCAAGUGCCUGUUGUCAAGGUAGGCAGAAUGGCUGGACAAUUUGCGAAACCUCGAUCUGACCCAUUUGAAGAAGUAAAUGGUGUAAAGCUUCCAAGCUACAGGGGGGAUAACAUUAAUGGAGAUACUUUUGAUGAAAAGUCACGAAUUCCUGACCCAGAAAGAAUGAUCAGGGCUUACUGCCAAGCAGCGGCCACUCUGAAUCUGCUUCGUGCUUUUGCAACAGGAGGCUAUGCCGCAAUGCAACGUGUCAAUCAGUGGAAUCUGGAUUUCACAGAGCAUAGUGAACAGGGGGACAGGUAUCGAGAACUUGCACACCGAGUUGAUGAGGCAUUAGGGUUCAUGUCAGCCGCAGGAUUAACAGUAGAUCACCCCAUCAUGACAACUACUGAAUUUUACACAUCCCAUGAAUGCCUCCUCCUUCCUUAUGAAGAAGCACUUACAAGAAAGGAUUCAACCUCAGGUUUCUACUAUGACUGUUCUGCACACAUGCUGUGGAUUGGUGAGAGGACACGUCAGCUAGAUGGUGCUCAUGUGGAGUUUCUUCGUGGAGUGGCUAAUCCCAUUGGUGUUAAGGUGAGUGACAAGAUGGACCCAGGUGAUUUGGUGAAGUUGAUAGAAAUUUUGAAUCCCGAGAACAAACCUGGUAGGCUCACUGUGAUUGUCCGCAUGGGGGCAGAAAAGCUCAGGGUAAAGCUACCUCAUCUCAUACGAGCAGUGCGCCGUGCUGGGCUUAUUGUCACAUGGGUCAGUGAUCCCAUGCAUGGUAACACUAUUAAAGCUCCAUGUGGCCUCAAGACUCGCCCUUUUGAUGCAAUAAGAGCUGAAGUACGAGCUUUCUUUGAUGUUCACGAUCAAGAAGGGAGCCACCCUGGUGGUGUGCACUUGGAAAUGACAGGACAAAAUGUCACAGAAUGCAUUGGUGGAUCAAGGACCGUGACCUUGGAUGAUCUUAGCUCUAGAUACCACACUCACUGUGAUCCACGUCUAAAUGCAUCUCAGUCCCUUGAACUGGCUUUCAUCAUUGCAGAGAGAUUGAGGAAGAGGAGGAUGGGCUCUGAGAUAGCUGGAUUGGCUUCUCACUUUAAAGGACUUCUACCAAUAUAGAGAGUGGUGUAUUAAAAUAAGCAGGGAAGCAUGGGGAGAUCUUUUGGGGUAGUGAAAGCUUUUCUUGCAUAUUAUCAACUUGUGCAUUUAUCAAAUCUAGCCUGGAAAUAAUUUAAUGUCAUGGGAUUUUCUAAUUAUCUAAAUAUAUUAUCUAUUUAAUAUAUCA